GGCCAAGGCUUCAUUAGGUUUUCAUCCGGCAAACGGAAAGGUCUAGCGACUGCGCGAAAGUUGCGCGAAAAUAAAAAAGAAACUUAAUUAAGUUUUAAACAUUUUGAAGAUUCAAUUUGAACUUGGUCAAUUUUCAAAAAUCGACUCUCACGAUAACAAAAAGUGAUAUUCUAUAAAAAUUAAAAGUUCGAUCGAAUAUUGAAUAUUCUUAAGUGAUCUGUUUUGAGAUAGUGAGUGCAAUUUUUUAUGUGUGACACAUUUAGCUCGAAAAGCUCGACCUUAGUUUGAAAUUUAAAAAAUGUCCAUCACUUGUGACUGUGCUGUUGGCGUACCAACAGGUCCGACGCUAGCAUCAACAUGUGGUGGCAGUGCAUUUAUGCUUUUUAUGGGAUUAUUGGAGGUCUUUCUUCGUUCACAAUGUGAUCUUGAAGAUCCAUGCGGCAGAGCUAGUUCCAGGUUUCGAUCAGAACCCGACUACGAAUAUGAUUUUAUUGUUGUUGGAAGUGGUUCAGCUGGAUCAGUUGUGGCGUCACGUUUAUCUGAAGUUCCUAACUGGAAAGUUCUCCUCAUUGAAGCUGGUGGAGAUGAACCGGUCGGUGCACAAAUUCCUUCAAUGUUUUUGAAUUUUAUUGGAAGUGACAUUGACUGGAAAUUUAAUACAGAACCAGAGAAGCAGGCUUGUUUAUCAUCAAAGGAGAAACGAUGCUAUUGGCCCAGAGGCAAAGUACUUGGUGGUACUUCGGUUGUUAAUGGUAUGAUGUAUAUACGAGGUAAUCAAGAAGACUACGAUGAUUGGGAAUCGAUGGGAAAUCCAGGAUGGAAAUAUGAAGAUGUUUUGCCAUACUUUUUGAAAUCAGAAGAUAACAUGGAAUUAGAUGAAGUUGGUAGAGAAUAUCAUGCAGCUGGAGGUUUAUUGCCAGUGGCGAAAUUCCCAUAUAAUCCACCAUUGUCAUAUGCUAUUCUAAAGGGUGGACAAGAAAUGGGUUAUGGAGUUCAUGAUUUAAAUGGUGCAAACUCAACUGGUUUCAUGAUUGCACAGAUGACGGCUAGAAAUGGAGUGAGAAUGAGUUCGGCAAGGGCAUUCCUUCGACCAGCUAGAUUGAGGUCAAAUUUGCAUAUUUUACUCAAUACAACAGUCACUAAGGUGCUUGUUAAUCCAUCAACAAAGAGUGCUCAUGGUGUAGAAGUUAUUGAUCAAUUUGGAAGUAUGAGGAAGAUUUUGGUUAAAAAGGAAGUGAUUGUGAGUGGUGGAGCAGUUAAUUCACCACAAGUUCUUCUCUUAAGUGGAAUAGGACCAAAGGAUGAUCUCAAAAAGGUGAAUGUUCGUCCAGUGCAUGAUCUCCCUGGAGUUGGCAAAAAUCUUCACAACCAUGUUGCCUACUUUACGAAUUUCUUCAUCGAUGAUGCUGACACAUCGCCACUUAAUUGGGCAACAGCUAUGGAAUACCUACUAUUCCGUGAUGGCCUAAUGUCCGGCACUGGAAUAUCUGAUGUAACUGCCAAAGUUGCCACACGUUAUGCAGAUGCUCCAAAUAUUCCCGAUGUACAAUACUUUUUCGGUGGAUAUUUGGCAAGCUGUGCCAAGACCGGUCAAGUUGGUGAACUUCUUUCAAACAAUUCUCGCAGUAUUCAAAUUUUCCCAGCUGUUUUGAAUCCCAAAAGUCGUGGUUACAUCACACUCGGAUCGAAUGAUCCUCUUCAACCACCAAAGAUAAUUGGCAACUACUUGACUGACGAAAGAGAUGUUAAAACACUUAUCGAAGGAAUUAAAUUCGCAAUUCGAUUGUCUGAAACAACCCCACUCAAAGCAUACGGAAUGCGUCUGGACACGAAACCCGCCAAAGGUUGUGAAAAUAUUAAAUUUGGUACAGACAAGUACUGGGAAUGUGCUAUUAGACAAGAUACCGGGCCAGAAAACCAUCAAGCUGGUUCAUGUAAAAUGGGACCUGCUCGAGAUCCCUACGCUGUGGUCGAUCAUGAACUGAGAGUACAUGGUGUUCGGGGAUUACGUGUAAUCGAUACCUCGAUUAUGCCCAAAGUGACGGCCGGAAAUACACAUGCACCGGCUGUGAUGAUCGCUGAAAGGGGUUCGCAUUUAAUUAAGAGGGCAUGGGGAGCACAACAGUAGAUUAAUUUUAAUUUGCUGUUAUAAUAUUGUAUAUGAAUAGUACCUAUAUAGAAUUUAAGUGAACCAAAUUAUAGAAAAAUAAAGAGAUGAACAAAAAAAAACAAGGCGUGCACGCAUAUGGGUCUAGGCACAUUUCAAAAUUCUAAUUUUACAAUAACUAACUCAAUAAAAAUA